GAGUGAGAGUAGAGGCAACAGAGGCAAGUGCGUCGAUCACAGUUUGGCUGCGACAGUCUGGUGGCUUGCAGGCGAUAGCACAGCUCCAGCUUUCUGCUGCUCUGCAGAAAAAGAGGAGAACGCCGUGGAGAGAGCAGUGGAGUUUGCCUCCUGCAAGAGGUUUGCCUGCUUAGUAGUAUUUCUCUCUGCUGCCGUCUCAUGCCCUUUGCGAAGCGCACGAGGGUUGGACUUAUGGGAUGAUCACGACGCAGAGUACGGGUGACGCUACACAGUGCGUUUGGCGCAGAUAGUGCUGAGAGGAGCUGAGGAUGCAGGCAGCAGCGGGUGUUAGGCGCACUGCAUCUUUAGGCGAAGAGCGACCCAGCUACAGUUUAGCUCGAGAGGGAAACGUUUGCUGUUUUCUGAGAGUGCAUGAAGUAGCGCUGUUACCUGCAGCUAACAGGCGUUUGCCCUGCUCGGACCGAGAUCGGGCACAUAACAGAAGUAGACGGAGAAGAUUCUUUAGUUGUUCGUCGAACAGUGAUCGGACCGUGGAGAAUCGAAUGAGGACUUACUGGUUGGAGGUGCGGGAUGAUGGACUUUGGCUCAGACAGGACGGUGUUGACUACCUGCUGAGCUAUUCGGACUUCACCAGCCUGUCGCGCAAAAGACAAACGAGCGGCGGAUCCAGCAAGCAGCAGCAGAUCGUCAUUGAGACGUCGUACGGCGACUACUAUCUGCAGUUGCAGUCGAAUCAUGAGCGAGAGCAGUGGUACUACUCGUUGCAGUACAAGCGUAUGCUCAGCGACAUGCGUUGGGCGCUGAAGGGCGAGCAGAAGUCUCAGCAGGCCAAGCUGGACCUGAUGAAGCUCUGCUCCGACUACCAGGCGACUGGCAAAAUCCGCUGCGACGACACGAGAGAGGAGUUCCUGGACUGCGUGUGUCACUACAUCACUGAUACGAGAAUACCACCGAUGUUCAUGAAGGUGAUUGUCCCCAUGCUCGCCUCGACACUAUCCAGCUUACGACCGCCGGAUGUUGUCUGCCACUUUCUCAAGAAGCAUAUGACCAGUAUAAUCAACACUGACUUCCAGUGGUACCUGGACAGCAUGAUCAUCAACCUGUUCAAGCUGCCGCUGCUGAAUGAUCACAAGUGCAGUCAGGGUGAAUUCGAACUGCUCGUGUCAUACUUCCGCGUCAUGCACAACUGCAACAAGGAUGCCGAACUGAGAGAACUGAUUCACAGACUUCACGGUGCGUCCAAGCAUCUCGCCUGCCCGUUCCCGAUCGUCUUUGCGCGGCUACGUGAGAUGGUGAUCAUGAGCUGUACAGCGGCGUACAAGGAAGAUGAGGAGCUCAAGAAACUAAGCUUACUGGCAGUGUGUGGCCUCAUUGUAGAAGAAGCACUGCAAUAUGACGACUGGAGGGAAAAGAUGGCGGUUCUCAAGCCGAGAGAUUUCCCAGAUGAGGCACUGUCGGACCAUUCCGCCGGCCGGUGGAUGAGCACGUUUGUGCGGCAGCUGGCGCUGGACGAUCGGCUCGGCGUGCGCCUGUCGCUGACCCGGCUCAAUGCCACGCACUCACCCGACUGGCUGCAGCACUUCCGCAUCGGCUCGCCGCUGUGCACGCUGGCAGAGUCACACGAGCUCUUCUGCACCCUGGUGCAGGCGCUCUCCUGCACCGAGGGCAACUUCAAGCGCGUGCUCGCCAACUUCGCGACGGUGAGGGACUCGCUGGCGAUCCUGGCCCGCAAGAACAACACGUUUGCAUUGCAGGCGCUGGUGGACCUGGUCAGAUACCAGGAGAUCACCGAUGCAGACGAGGUGGAGCGGAUCAAGGCGGUGUUGAGAGAGGGAAACCACCACAACCAUCUGAAUCAGCUGGCCUCCAGUCAAGCGGCAGUGGAGGAAGUUGAUGGACCAGUGGAGAUACUGGAGCUGCCAUGCGGGUCAACGAGCGAGGACCUGCGCAAAGCACUGACGAAACACACGAAGAAUUUGCGGAUAGCAGACCUGACGAGCACGCGGUGCGGAACGGACGCCAUGCGGAUGCUCUCGCACUACCCGAACCUGACGGAAGUGAGACUCUGGUCGACACCGGUUGGUGAUCAAGGAAUUCGCAUUCUAUGCGACAAGCUCAAUCUGAAGAAGCUGGACCUGCGCGAUACGCACAUCACGCCAACCUGCUUCAUCGACCUGGUGCAGAUGAACAACCUGGAGACGUUGUACAUGUCCUGCCAAAACUACAAGCGACACGCCUUCGAAUAUCUAGCGAGAAGGCUUCCGAAUCUGAAGACAUUUGAAGUCAAUGACCUGGUAGAUUUCGAUUUUCUGAGUGGGCGGCAAGUGGAACUGGUCAGACCGCUGUCAUGUCCGGGCAGCACGCCAAGCCGCGUGCGCAGGCCAACGUUCAAUCGAGCAGCAUCCGU